AACAUAUUUUACAAUUAUAUUUAAAUAAAUGUAUUAAUAACUAUGUGUACAUAAACACACAUUGUUUUCAAAUUUAUAUUACUAUAUGUUAUAAGUGUGUUCUUGGUACUAUACACGAAGACGUGACUAGCGAUGUCCUUGGAAAAAUCGGUUCUUGGCAGUGGCUAGUAACAUUUGUUUCAAGCACAUUUAUGCUAUCAACUAUAUUUAAUCAUUACGAAGAUAUUUUUCUUAUGGAACCGUAUGGAGUAAUAUGCGUAACGUCUCAACACUCCGAAGUAACAAACAAGAGUCUCUGUUUCAUCUCUCUCAAAAGUAACGAGUCAUUACUUCAAUGUAACAAAUGGAAUGUGAACUUGCUGUGGCUUAUUUGGUUAAAAAAAACUUGGCUUGUAUUUUGUGAUCAUAAGUUGAAACUUCUAACAACAGCAUUAAUAAGCCGUUUUGGUUUAGUGUUCGGAUUUAUAAUUUAUGGAUUGAUUUCAGACAGUUUUGGAAGAAAAACUGCUAUUAAAAUAAAUAUAUAUUCCGAUCUAGGAAUGGGACUCCUUAUGACAUUUUGUGAUUCCGAAGGCUGGUUCCGACUAUUAGUGUUCUUAAAAUCAUUAUUUUAUAGCGCAAAUUUUUACAUGGGACUUUUAAUAGUUUGCGAGAUUGCAAGCAACAGAUGGCGCUCUCGGCUAAGCAUGAUUGUAAUCACUCCCCGGUUGCUGGCUUCUGUGUGUAUGGUGCCUCUAGGAAACCACGCACUAAAUUCUGAAACAUACAACUUUGUUUCAUCUAUUCUGUGCGUUGUAUAUAUUAUUUUACUCAGAUGGACUCCAGAGUCUCCGCAAUGGUUAUUGUUUAACAGGAGAGUAGAAUUAGCUGAAAAAAUAUUAUUGGAUGCUGCUAAAAGAAAUGGCAUUAAACUAUGUGAUGAUUUCAAAAUUCGCCCAAUUAAUCAUAGAGCGUACAAUAGCAUAGACAGAAUCAGCUACAUGUGUGGGAGUUUUAAGUACCCACAACACCAGAGUAAUAGUUUUGGUUAUUUGUGUGUUCUGGCUGCUCUACUAUUUCUCAUGGAGUUCGCUUUAUGUUAGAGUAUACAGCGAGAAAGAUACCAGUCAAUUGCUAAUAAAGACAUUCUGCUUCAUCGGAACUCUUGGGUGCCUUACAGCUAUAUUAUCUGCAAAGUUGACGUUACGAUGUUUAUUGUUGGGACAUGUACUUGUGGCAGGCGUUUGCACUAGCAGCGUUAUAUUCUUUU